AUGCUUUCGUUCCGUGAUGUUGGUCCUAAUGUGCAAAAUAAUUCCUUACCUCCGCAUGAAGAGUCUGUUGUGAACAUUGUAUAUGGAUGUCCUGGAAAGUAUCAGAUUUAUCAUGUGCAACACAUCAGAGGAUCAUUGGUAGAAAUGCACACCACUCUGUGUGAAUAUAGUCAUUAUGAGGAUAAUCAUGCUUCUUGUAUAAUUUGUUCAAUCGAUUCUCGAGGAUGUUAUAUUGUGAGAAAGGACUUGCAAGAAAUGUUGGAUCAAGGGCUCAUAGAGAUUCUUAGGGAUAGAGAUAAAGAUGAUGUUAAUGUGAUUGAGCCGUAUUUUGAAAUACUAGAAAGUGUAGAGAUUGGUUACUAUGGAAAAGCAGCUGUGGAGCCACUUGUGAUAUGUUUGCCCGAAGCUAUACCCUAUAGUUCUGAUAGGGUUGUGCCAUACAGGUACAAUGCUACUAUGCUGGAAGGUGGAAAAGAAGUAGAGAUUAAGCCUCUAUCUUCUGUUGUGAAUAUAGAAGAUUUCAGUAGAGUGACUAUAACUGGGCGAGUAUUCAAUCAACCCCAAGCAGUUGUGGAUGUCCAGAAGAAUCCCACUCAAGUGCCUGUGACUACUAGUGAUGCGACAAAAGUGAAUGAUGGGUCGUCAUCAGGAAAAAAGAUGGAUGGGAUUUUGAAGAUUAUUAAGAUGAGUGAUUACAAGGUUGUGGAUCAUUUGCAUCGUACUCCUUAUAAGAUCUCUAUAAUGGAAUUGUUGACAAGUUUGCUUGCUCAUAGAGAGUCUUUGAUGAAGAUACUCAAUCAAGAUUUCAUGGAUCAUGACGUGACCUUGGAUCAGUUUAAUGGGGUUGUAAGUAAUAUUACUGCAUGUAACAAUUUGAGCUUCAGUGAUAAAGAUUUUCGUGAGGAAGGAAGAAACUAUAACUUGGCUUUACACAUCUCUGUUAUCUAUAAAGAGGAUUCUUUUUCGAAUGUGUUAAUUGACACUGGUUCAUCACUGAAUGUUAUGCCGAAAUCUACUCUUAGUGAGUUAUCUUAUGAAGGCACACCAAUGAGAUAUAACAAUGUGAUAGUGAAAGCUUUUGAUGGAUCAAAGAAGUCAGUAGUUGGGGAAGUUGAUUUUCCCAUUUGUGUUGGCCCGUUCGUUUUUCAGAUCACUUUUCAGUGA